AAGAAGUUCCCAACAAGCAUAAAUGCAAUCAAUAAACUCUCAGGAGCAAGAGUGUUAGCUAUAGGCUACUCAGCUGACACAGAAGCUGACAGCCAGGAGACCCUAACAGGAGCCUUAGAGAGCUCAACACAUACGUCUGAUACGCUGCUUGAGGCUCUGGCAACAGAUAGUGGCAAGACUAAGUCCAGGAAACUUCGUAAGACAUGGCAGGAGUCAAUGGGUCUGCAGCCUAAGUCUCAGGGUAGUUCAGGGCAUCCAAAGGUUAUUUCUUCACCUGCCAAAGGAACCAAAGAGCUGUCUCCUUUGCCUCAUUCCUCCUUGAGUCCAAGUCAGAGAAGUGAUAGUGUGGUGUACCUGAAAAUGGAGAGUGGGGAAGAGAAGGCCAUUGCCACCAAAGACAGUGAAGAAAAGGCAGAGGACAGUGGAAGUAUUCACUCAGACAGACUUUUGCCAAACAGAACUGUGUCAUGUGCAUCAUUAGCAGAGACAUUUCCUGUAGUGUAUCCUGGUGACCCCUGUACAAGUAAAAGCAAUAUAAGCCAAGAAGUUGAAAAAUCACAAAUACCAAAGACAGAAAAAGAAGAAACUGACAUAGAAACUAUUCAAGUUGAUCAACCUCAAAGAAGCCAUUGUAUAGUUGGUGGCAGUCAAGAAAAUGUAGACACAGAAUUAAAUAUCAAGACUUUAACAGCAGUGCCUAGCACACCACAGGAGUUAUUAUGUAGUGAUUUAAGCUCAAGUAAAGAUGCCCUAGAAGUAGAGAAAGCAGGUAUAAAUGUUGAAGAAGGGAAAAAAAAAAAUGUCCUACAGAAAACAAAGACUAAUGAUUCAAGCAAGAUUUAUAACUGCAAUUCAUCAGCAAACUCUCUGAGUCCACCGAAAGUUAUUUCACAAAAGGAAAACAUACUGGUAGAUGUUGCAAGAAAAAGUGGAAGUAAACCAAAAUCCAGUACUGGAUUAUCAACAUUAGAUGCCACUAUCCCAGAUGUACCAAGUUCAUUAGAUAUAAAGGAAAAUACAAAAUACUUUCCAAAAUAUGCCUGGAAUAGGAUAGAACCUAUACGAUACAAAUUGCAAGAAAAUGUUGGAGAUGAGUAUGUAAAUAUUGGUUACCAAUGUCCAACAUGCAAUAAGGUCUUUGUAACUGAGUGGCAGAUGAUGAAGCACUCAAUCACCCACUUCAAAUUCCAGUGCGAUGUAUGUGAACAGUCCUUUAGCAGUGAAGGAAGUUUGAAGGAUCACUUACAUGAACACCUGACUACUGCCUAUGAGGAUGAAAAAUAUUAUUGCCAGUUUUCAUGCAAGAUUUGCCAUAGCCUUAAAUGUGAAUGUUUUGAACCUUUGUAUAUUAAAGCUGAAGAGAUUCUGAGGACCUACAAAAGGCCCCAGAAGGCAAGAAGGUCCUCUAAAGUUUUCCUUUCAAAGCCAAACUCAGGUCCCAAUGACCACCUCCGGGUGACUCUGGGGAGUUACAAAAAAAGUCUUCAGCAAAUGCAUUUCGGAAGUAAGACGAAAGGGACACAGCAUCAAACAAGUCAGGCAACACAGCAGGUGUUGUUGCGGAAUAUGAGUCACCCUUUGCAGAAGACUAAUACAGGACACAUAGGCACAGUAAAUUCAGAUCAAGAGAUUAUUGGUGGUGUUAACUUAACAAGGCUCCGAGGCGAAGUACCAAACUCAGAAGAGAAUCAAGGUUACCAUGAAUACUCAAGUACAGGAUUGCCAGCACUCUCUGUAAGAAAUGAUUUGUUAAUAACCACACCAGAAGGAGCAAUAAGUGAAACACAUCUCGUGACCCUUCCCAUGGACAUGAAGACCAAACCAGAUCGCAGGAGAAGACCUCUGGGUAGUCGAAAGAGGACUGCCAAGUUGUCAAGUAACUUUAUUUACAAGGAUACAGAUUUCUAUUUCAUGUGUGAAAUGUGUGAUGCCAGCUUUCUCUCCAAAGCUGAAUUAAGUGAACACAUGUUUUUCCACCGACUGAAGUCGAGGAGCAGGAGAGGAGAGAAGAGGAGGCUUACAGAGUCCGUGCAAGAGGAAGAAAAUACAGCCAAACGCUUCAAGGAAGAAGAUCUGCAAAUUAAUGAGGAAGUUGUGACCAUAAAUGUUGGAGGUUUUGAAAGGUUCAAGUGCCCUCUGUGCAAAGGUCACUUUGCCUCAGUAACAGACCUGAACAGACAUAGAACCCAAGCACACAAAGAUAACGAAAUCAUCCCUUCAGUAAAUGAAUCAAUAGCAGUACCAUGUUUAGAAAUGCUGCAGUGCAAUUUCUGUAAUAGGCUCUACAGGCGGGAGCGUGAGUUGCGAAGACAUCUCAAGCAUGAUUGUUUAGCAGCUCCAGAAGAUCUGAAGAACAAGUUAUCUGUAGGUAUCAGCCUUACUUCCUUGCAUGAGAUGGGAGAUGGACCUUACUACUCAAAAGUCCAGAGAAAUUCAGAUGAUGCAUCAGUGCAUCAUGAAUAUGGCACUCGCAUGUCUCCACACAAAGGCCCUAUAACUUGCAGAUACUGCCUGACAGUAACGAGGAGAGAGGCAGAGAUGAAAAGACAUAUUUGGAAAUAUUGUAACAAGAUCCCUAAGGCAGUCAUUAAGAUGUUUAAAGAUGGGGCUUCAUUGGAGGAGCUUGGCUUCAUUACAGGCAGUGUAAAAGUGGAGCCAGUGACCGAGACAGUCAUCAGUCAUCUCCCAAAACCUAUUGCACCAACAAGUGAAACUAUGGAUGUAGACAUUGAAAGUCCAGCACUCACAAGUGAACCCCUGUUGCCUAACCAAACUCCUGCUGUUCCUGUGAUUAAUCCUACAUCAUUUGCAACUAGUUCAAAAUCAAAAGGGCCUUUGAUAUGCACGUAUUGUGGCAUAUGGUACUUCAGAGAGGUCUCGCUUUUGAAACACAUGAAGGAACGUUGCAUAAAAAUAUCUCUGGAGGAGAAAGAACUGCUCCAGAUGGGAGCAGGGCUUUGUACUUACACUCCCGAAGUGACGCCGGAGGUCUGCGGGCCUUCUGAAAAGCAGGGAACCUUCAAAAUUGUAAACAGAAAUCAGUUGCCUCUGACUCCGGUCAAAAAGGAAGAUCCUGAGCCGCAGGAAACCAGCCCAGUCCUGAACCAGCAAGAGGAGUUACAGCCCGUAAAGUUGGAGCCGGAGGAGACGGGCCCUCAAGUGGAAAUGUCACCACCAAAGUCGCCCUUAAAAGUGCCACACGAAAAAGUCACCCCCAGUCAGCCGCCCGCCCCAAAGGCAAGAAAAAAUUCGAGAUGCAGGCGUUGCCACGAUACCUAUUCUUCACACGAAGCAGUUUUGGCCCACAGCAGUGUGCAUCACGGUCCAAAGAAAGGAUUCUACAAAUGCAAACUGUGCCAGGUCAAGAUAGCCAAAUACAAGCAGCUGCGCGAACAUGUGUGGGAGCACACUAACGAGACCCCUUACAAAUGCCACCUCUGUGAUACCAAAUUUAGAACAAGUGAUUCCAUAAUCGAGCAUUUAGACUCGUUACACAAUUAUAAAGAAAUAAACGAAAGGAAUCUAUAUAAAUGGUUACCCGGGCGCAAUGGAAAAUACCGCGAAAUCAAGGAAGUGAACAAGAGUGCCGAACGCGAAGAAACAUUGGUGGAUGUGAACGCGAGUUUGGACAGCCUCGCUGAGGUGAUGGUGGUAACAGACAAAGACAUCUGGACUGGAAGAAGUAGCGACAGCGCCAGUCCUAGAAAGAAGUCCACACACAACGUUUCCGGAUCUGAGAGCUCAAGUGUUGAGAGCUCUCCGGUAGGGCAAAAAACGAAUGUAAGGGACAAGUCUGAGACUCUAACGACUCCACCUCCAGGUGUCGGUACCACUCAGAAGGACGGGAAAGCCGUUUUUGCGACGCCAGAAGAACUUCAAAGUGACAAGGGAAAGGUGUCGAGAUCGCUGGGGAAGGGAAACCUCUCUGUGUCACCGGAAGAAAAACUGUCUCAACAAAGUAAAGGCGAGAGAAUUCCAGUAGUGGCAGUAGAAAGUGAAGAUUCCGACUGCAUGAUGAGAAGUAUUACAGAUGAAAGCAGCGAAAAAACGACAAGUGAAGGAAGUAACCAAGUGAAAACGGUGAGGAGACGAGUGAGAAAGAAAAGUGUUCCCCCAGAACUUUCGAAGUGUAAAGAAAAUCAGAACACAAGGAAAAGGAUCAAACCAAGCGCAAGCGAAAGUCCAAGAAACAAGGAAACCACGAAACAGAUCCAUGAGGUCGCGGAAUCAUCCAGGAAAGUCGCGUUAAAUUCGGAGGAUAAAAGUUCCAGCGGGGAAAUGAAUACCGAUAGUUCCGAAGAUGAAAGGGCCAAGAAGACCGCCGUGCCCGGAAGUCCACCAGGAAAAGGACGCGCGGAUAAAGAUAAUUCGAAAAAGCUAGAUAUAAGUGUCGAAGGAUCGGAAGACAACGGAGACGGACUUUUGUCUUGUGUUGAAAAUCUAGAAAGUGUGAUAGAAACAGUCCAACUCACAGACAAUUAUUUAUCAUCCUAAGAUCCCAUACUUUACUAUUCAUACUCAAGAAAAAAUCUAUAUAUCAAUACAUAAAUUGUUUAUACAAAAAUAUCAGUUUGAUGUACAGCAGUUUUCAUGUACUCUAAUGAAAGAAUAAAACGGUUUUGUUUUAUUGACAUUCUGUGAUCUUAACUAUGCAGUGUUCCUCUCGUCUAUUCAUAUAGCAAAAGUCUUGACUGAAUAAAGGAAAGCUUUAGAAAGAACAUUGUUUGUACGUGCCAUAUUCUCAAGUAUUUUAUUUUCUUUUUAUAAUAUAAAAAGUUGCUGUUAUUCAUGAAUUCCCGUGUAUCUUGGUUUGUUGAAUAACCACACUUAAGGUUGAUGUGAAACCUUAAACAGGAAUAUGUCUAACUUUCAUUUCCUUAUUCUCAAAACAUAUAGAUUUGGUUGCUGAAGUACAAAUAAAUAAUGGA